GCACGAAGUGUUUGAGAGAAGAACAAAAACUAAGCUUUCAGGCUGCAAAAUGAAGCUUCUCCUCCUCACAAUGUUUGUGGCGACCAUCUGCUAUGUGAACGCAGGGAAGAAACAUCUGUUGGCUGCUCUGAAUGCUGGCCUGAUGGCAGGUAUGAACAGAGGAAUGAUGGCAGGUGUGAAUGGAGGAAUGGCAAAUGGAGCCAUCCCUGGGAUGUUGGUUGGAGGCCUGAACGCACCCAUGGUAGCUGGCGGGGGGGCAGGUGUUCUUGGGCAGCCUCAGUUCGCUCAGUUUGUUCCUGGACUUCGUGCUUUUGCUGUUCCGGCUCCGGUUCCUAACCUGUACCCAGUCCCUGUGCUUCCUCUCCUGGGACUCCCUCAGACGGCACCGAUGAAUCCUCCUCAGCAGCCUCUGCUGGGGAACGUGGGUGGCGCCGUGCAGCAGCAGCAGCAGCUUCCUCCUCAGCUGGACCCUCUCAGGAGAUUCAGGCGUCAGACUGAGAAACAGGACGGCACCUUUAAGACCACCGUGGACACUCAGAUUCCCGCCCCGACUGAAGCGAUGGCAACAGCUCCGUGUGGCAGAGAAGGCCGGCAUGAAUAUGAUUAAGAAGAAGCUUAUAACAUAACUUACAUGAUUUUGUCAGUCACCAGCGAUCAUUGAAGCUCUGUGUUAUGUUUCAUCCUGAGAGUCACUUUUGAAUGAAUCUCAAUAGAAAACAAUUGAAUCAACUUAAAAGUUCACUGUCCAUUAAAAAUAAAUCA